CAAUCUGUUUUUCUAUACUUCGAAUGGAUGUUUACGCAUAGUUAUUAAUUUUUUUCUUUUCUUUUUUAAAAUCUUUGCUUGGGAACACACAAAAAAUGCUGGAAGCGUGUGAAGCUUUCGUAACUUAUGAAAGUGGCAUCAUUCUUGAUCGCCAGGGAUUCGAAGUAAGUGAAGAACCUGUAUGGAUACUUGGUCAAAAAUACGACACAAGAACUAACUUGGACGAACUUCAUACAGACAUAAAAUCCAGAUUGUUGUUAACAUAUAGAAGAAAUUUUACUGCAAUUGGAGAUACUGGUAUGACUACUGAUCGUGGCUGGGGUUGCAUGCUUCGUUGUGGUCAGAUGGUGGUAGCACAGGCACUGUUGAAGCAGCAUUUAGGAAGAGGUCCAUUUUGGCCACUAAAAAAUGAUCAAAACAAAGCUGAAACAUAUAAAAAAAUUUUAAAACUUUUUGAAGACAAGAAAACUGCAACCUACUCUAUUCAUCAAUUAGCUCAAAUGGGAGUUACUGAAGGAAAAGAAAUAGGGCAAUGGUUUGGCCCCAACACUGUUGCACAAGUUUUGAAGAAAUUGUCUGAUUAUGAUGAUUGGUCAUCAUUAAAAAUUCACGUUGCCAUGGAUAAUGCUGUUGUUAUUGAUGAAAUAGAAGAGUUAUGUCAUACUAAGACUCCAGAUGCCGAGAUUACUACAUGGAAUCCUCUUUUACUUGUGGUCCCGCUACGACUGGGCUUGCUUAGCAUAAAUCCAAUUUACAUCGACAGUCUGAAGGUUUGUCUCCAAAUGCCCCAAUCGAUUGGAAUGAUCGGAGGGAAGCCAAGUCAGGCGCUUUAUUUCAUAGGUUACGUUGGUGAUGAUGUUGUUUUUCUGGACCCUCAUCUUACCCAAAAUGCAAUUGAAUUUGAUGACGAAGAAUUCGAGGAUUCCUCUUAUCAUCCUACGACAAGUGCGCGGAUCUCUUUUCAUUCGAUGGACCCCUCGUUAGCGGUGUGUUUUUCGUGCACGACGUAUUGUGAAUGGAAGAACCUGCUGCAACAAUUUAAGAUCAUGACUGAGGAAGGAAAAAAGCAAAACCUAUUUGAAGUGUGCACCCAACGGCAGGCCGAGUGGCAUCCAUCCAGCAUGGACUUAACGGAUGAAGCUAUUGCCCUUGAUAGCGCAGAUUCUGAGGAAGACUUCGAAAUUUUGGGUUGACUUCUGUAAUUUUGUUCAAUAUAAAAUCGACAAAAAUUUUGAAAAAAAAAGAAACGUAUUUUAAACAAAAUUGUUUGCCGGAUUCUUAACUCAAAACGUUAAAAACUCAAUAAACAAUUUUUGGGGCACUAAA